GGAUCUUGAUUUCUGUAUGUCAUGCCGCUCUCGCUCAGGACAGAGGGGUUUUAGUGCUGGCUGGACGGCCCUUAUAAUUAAUAUUACCUUUACCCACAAGAAGUGUUGCAUCUUCUGGAUCUAUGUGUCUUCUGAAAAUCUGAGGAACAUUUUAAAUAUCUGAGUUCCUGGUUCCUUAAAUAUCAAGAUGGGUUCCACUGCUGCACCUGUGACCUACACCUUCUCACCCACCAGAAAUGACUCGAACAGGACCACCUGUGACACCCUGUACGCCCACCGGGACUAUGCCAAGGUCCUCAUGCCUCUUUUCUACUGCAUUGUGUUCGUGGUGGGGCUGCUCGGUAACUGUCUGGCCCUCCACGUCAUCCGUCCCAAUCGGAAAAAGAUGAACUCCACCACCUUGUACUCCCUCAACCUGGUCAUCUCCGACAUCCUCUUCACCCUCUCUCUGCCUGCAAGGAUAGUCUACUAUGCUAUGGGCUUCCACUGGCCUCUGGGCGAGGGUGCGUGCAAGUUUUCAGGCCUCAUUUUCUACAUCAACACAUACGCUGGGGUCAACUUCAUGACCUGUCUCAGUGUAGACCGCUUCAUCGCCGUGGUCCUGCCUCUGCCCUUCGCCCGGCUCAGGAAGGUCAGACACGUGCGCUACAUUUGUGUUGGUGUGUGGCUGCUGGUCCUGGCACAGACCCUCCCCCUUUUGGGCAUGCCAAUGACCCACAUGGAACCUGACGGCUUCAUCACCUGUAUGGAGUACCCCAACUUUGAGACAGUCGACCAUAUUGCCUCUAUACUGAUUGGUGGCGUCUUCCUCGGUUACAUCAUUCCUGUGGUGACCAUCCUCGUGUGCUACUCUGUCUUGUGCUCCAAACUCCACUCCUCAGCAAAGACCAACCAUUUGACGGAAAAGUCCGGCCGGAGCCGCAAAGCCAUUGGCGUGAUCUGCUGCGUAUCCCUGGUGUUUAUCGUCUGUUUCAGCCCGUAUCACAUCGACAUCCUGCAGUACAUGAUCCGCAAGCUGGUGUCGAGCCCCGAUUGUGCCGAUCUGACGGCGUUUCAGGUGUCGCUUCACAUCACUGUGUGUCUGAUGAACCUCAACUCCUCUUUAGAUCCUUUUAUCUACUUUUUCGCCUGUAAGGGUUACAAGAGGAAACUUCUGAAGCUGCUCAAGAUGCAGGUCAGCAUGUCCUUCUCCAGUGCAGUGAGGACGUCACCUGAAGGCUCCUCUAAGGACGUUAUAGAUGGCAACAAGAUCCACCUCAGUUCUACGGCAGGUACAGUCAGUGAGAGACUCACAGAGAGGAGAUAUAUCCGGGAAGAGUAAACAAGAAAAGACUUGUGUCUACUUUAAUUAAGACCAGUCAAAUGAUGUCUCACAUGGUUUUGAACAUUAAAAUGGACUCACUUGUGCCAUAUUGGACAUUAAGCAGCUACUAAGCAUUUGGAUCUACAGAAAUCUAUCUUUGUGGGAUCAGAUUUGUUUACACAAGUAAAAGGUUUUUAAAGAAAGUCAACAGAAUGUUAAGAAUGUAGCACUUUGUGUGUUUGCCUUGAUUCUUAUUGGUAUUUGUGAAUUUCUAAGCAAAGCAGAGAUUAUUGCAGCUAAGGAAACAAAGGAGGAAACUUUUUAGAGAAAGCAUGCUGGUCGCCUGCCUGAAUACUGAGCGCUGAUGAAGCAGAGCAUGUUGGAAGUGGACACAAGUUGACACAAAGUUGCACCCACAUUCAAAUUUCUAUGGAAAGCAUUGAAAGUACUUUUAUGAAGUGAGUUUUUUAGGUAGAAGAUAUUACAUGAAAACUAUUAACUUACAGUUGUUUUGUCUCAGGAAACUGUACACUUAUUUCUACUGCCUCAAUUGGUUGGAAAAGUGCCACAUAUUUGUUUUUGUUUUUGCUAUUAAUUUCCUUCUGAUAAAAGUAAGUGGGGUCUAUGAUGUCAUUUAAUUUAAAGGGGCCCUGAAUAGUUUUCCUGUAAACAUACAGAAGUUAUGUUUACAUUCAGUGUUUCUUACCAUAAUGCGAUGUAUGUAUCCUUGAGGUCUGAAAAUGUGUUUAAUACAUUACACUCCUCAUUAAACAUUUGU